AUGGAGCGUAAAGAACGGAGGUCUUGGACGCCAACAGAUGAUGUAGUCCUCAUGAGCUCUUGGUUAAACACCAGCAAAGAUGCUGUUGUUGGGAACAAGCAAAAGUCUGUGGCCUUCUGGAAGAGAAUAGCAGACUACUUUGAUGCUAGUCCGAAGCUUGCAGGCUGUGAAAAAAGAGAGCCAAUGCACUGCAAGCAACGGUGGCACAAGAUCAAUGAUAUUGACUGUAAGUUCUGUGGAGCAUAUGAAGCUGCAGCAAGAGAGAAAACUCCAGGCCAAAAUGAGAAUGAUAUUCUCAAACAAGCUCACGAGCUUCGCCAUGACCAGAAGUGGUGUGAUCUAUCUACCGAGAGAACCUCUAAAAAGAGAAAAUGUGAGGACGGUGCACAAUACUCAACAUCUCAAGCAACUGACAACAACACUGGUGAAGCGGAUGAGGGAACGGAUCGGCCCCCUGGUGUUAAGGCAGCCAAGCUAUGUGGUAAGAAGCCAAUGGAAGAGGGGAAGGGACUGUGUGAAUUUGAGCGGAUGUGGUCCAUUAAGCAAGAGGAUUUGAGUAGGAAAGAAAGGCUCUCCAAGAUAGGUCUACUUGCUAAAACAGGGCCACUCCCUGAGUACGAAGAAGCUCUAAAGAAGAAGCUCAUACUGAGUUGUUCUCCACAUAGUCUAAAGAAGAAGCUCAUCUGUUUAAGUGUCAACAGAGGAAACAUAGCGGAGCAAACAGAGGACAAAGAGUUGUAG